AUGGUUAGGGUGCACGAAAACACUUGUUUCGGCAUGAUGGAUACAUUUGUAAACAAUUUUUACGGGAUUGUGAGAUCGUUACUAAUGCCACAACAAAUUGGAGUAAUGGCCGAAGGCACAGUUCGUACAAAGAAACCAGCAACAGUGGAUGAGAUGAAUUUGAAAUCUGUACGGCGAUUGGAUCCAUGUGCAGUGACAAUCAUUGAUAAG